AUGGAUUCUGUAAGAGGCCCUAUGAACAACAACUCAGAGAAGUGGUUAUUGGAUUCUAAAUUCUGGCAUGCCUGCGCUGGUGGCAUGGUUCAAAUGCCACACAUCAACUCUAAAGUCUUCUACUUCCCUCAGGGACAUGCUGAGUGCGCCCAUGGGAAAGUAGAUUUUGGGAAUUCUAGAAUUCCUCCACUCAUUCUUUCCAGGAUAUCUGCUAUUAGAUAUAUGGCAGAUCAUGAAACGGAUGAGGUUUAUGCGAAAAUAAAGCUGAUACCAAUAAGAGAGAAUGCUUUUGAUCUUGAGGAUGGGUUUGUGGAAAACAAUGGAACAGUUGAGAAUCCGGAAAAACCCACAUCAUUUGCCAAGACAUUGACCCAAUCUGAUGCUAACAAUGGGGGAGGGUUCUCCGUGCCUCGUUACUGCGCAGAGACUAUCUUCCCACGCUUGGAUUACUCUGCUGAGCCUCCUGUUCAGAACAUUCUUGCAAAGGAUGUGCACGGUGAGACUUGGAAGUUUAGGCAUAUUUAUAGAGGUACUCCUCGUCGUCACCUCUUGACAACAGGAUGGAGUAAUUUUGUGAACCAGAAGAAGCUUGUUGCUGGAGAUUCUAUUGUGUUUUUCAGAGCAGAAAGUGGGGAUCUUUGUGUUGGAAUUAGAAGGGCUAAAAGAGGAAUUGGUGGUGGACCUGAAUACCCUUCUGGAUGGAACCCUGCAGCUGAAAAUUCUGGCUCUCAUUAUGGGGGUUAUUCUGGCUUCCCAAGGGAGAAUGGCAAUAACUUGAUGGAAAGAAAUUCUAGUGGUGAGUGGAGAGGUAAAAUCAGGGCUGAAUAUGUUAUUGAAGCUGCAACUCUUGCUGCCAGUGGCCAACCCUUUGAGGUUGUGUACUAUCCUCGUGCAAGCACACCAGAGUUUUGUGUUAAGGCUACAUCUGUUAGAGCUGCAAUGCAAAUUCAAUGGUGCUCAGGAAUGAGGUUCAAAAUGCCUUUUGAAACUGAGGAUUCUUCUCGGAUAAGCUGGUUCAUGGGAACCAUAUCUUAUGUUCAGGUUGCAGAUCCCAGCCGUUGGCCUGAGUCUCCAUGGCGCCUUCUACAGGUUUCAUGGGACGAGCCAGAUCUGCUCCAAAAUGUGAAACGUGUUAGCCCAUGGUUGGUCGAAUUGGUAUCAAGCAUACCAGCCAUCCAUCUUUCUCCCUUCUCUCCGCCAAGAAAGAAGCUGCGACUUCAACAUAACCCAGACUAUUCCCUUGUUAGCCAACUUCCAAUGCCUUCAGUUUGUAGCAACUUCCUAAAUUCGAGCAACCCCUUAUGUAGUGUAUCAGACAAAAUAUCAGCGGGCAUACAGGGAGCCAGGCAAGCUCAAUUUGGACUAUCUUCAUCAGAUGUCUUCUUCAACAAACUUCAUUCGGGUAUGUUUCCAGUUGGUUUUCAAAAACUUGGUCAUUUUGCCCCUUCCGGAAUCCCUGAGGGCAACUUCAUGCACAUGGCUGAAAGCAAUGAGAAUAUUACUUGUUGUCUGACAAAGGGAAUUCCCUCCCAGAGUUUGAAGGGCAAUGGUGAGAUAAAGACGCCUCACAUAUUUUUGUUUGGUCAGCUAAUUCUUACAGAGCAACAGAUGUCUAAGAGCUCCUCUGGUGAUUGUAGUUCAUCAGAUGGGCAUCCAGAGAAAAAAGGAAAUUGUUCUGAUGGCUCUGGCUCUGCAUUACAUCGCAAUGGUUCAGUGGAAAAUUCAUCUGAUGAAGGGUCUCCCUGGAACAAAGAUCAUCAGAAAAGCAAUGUUAGUUUGGAGACAAGUUAUUGCAAAGUGUUCAUUGAAUCGGGGGAUGUGGGGACCCUUGAUCUCUCUGUCCUUGGAUCAUACAAAGAAUUGUAUGGAAAGUUGGCCGACAUGUUUGGCUUGGAAAAUUCUGAGAUGCUGAGAAAUGUGCUCUACGGGGAUGCAGAAGGUGCUAUUAAACACACUGAAGAUGAACCCUUCAGUGAGUUUUUGAAGACAGCUAGAAGACUUUAUAUGGGCUGA